CCCGCGUGGCGAGUGCUUAGGUUCCCCCGCAGCCCCGGCAGCUGCUGACCCUCGUCCUCCGGGCCAGGGGAUCAGGCGGGACAUGGCCUCGGCCACUGUGGCAGCAGCAAGAAGGAGCCUCGGCCGGGCCCCUCGGCUACUCCUCCAGCGCGGUUACCAGACGGAGAAGGGUGUCUACGGCUACCGGCCGAGGAAGCCCGAGAGCUGGGAGCCCCGGGGCGGCCUGGCGCGCCCCCCAGUUGAUCACGGCCUUGCCAGGCUGGUGACGGUAUAUUGUGAGCACGGUCAUAAAGCUGCCCAAAUCAACCCCCUCUUCACUGGACAAGCCCUGCAGGAGAAUGUGCCUGAAAUCCAAGCCGUUGUGCAGACGCUGCAGGGACCUUUUAACACCACAGGAUUACUGAACAUGGGGAAGGACGAGGCCUCUCUUGAGGAAAUAUUAGCCUAUCUCAAUCAAAUCUACUGUGGGCAGAUUUCUAUUGAAACCUCCCAACUUCAGAGCCAGGAGGAGAAAGACUGGUUUGCCAAGCGGUUUGAGGAGCUGAAAAAGGAGACCUUUACCACAGAAGAGCGAAAACAUCUGUCAAAACUAAUGCUAGAGUCCCAGGAGUUUGACCACUUUUUGGCCACCAAGUUUGCCACAGUGAAGCGAUAUGGAGGCGAAGGAGCUGAAAGCAUGAUGGGCUUUUUCCACGAGUUGCUGAAACGGUCAGCCUAUGACGGGAUAACCGAUGUUAUUAUUGGGAUGCCCCACAGAGGGAGGCUGAAUUUAUUGACAGGCCUUCUGCAGCUCCCUCCGGAGCUGAUGUUCCGUAAAAUGCGAGGCUUGAGUGAAUUUCCAGAAAAUGUCUCAGCCACUGGAGAUGUCCUGUCUCACCUGACCUCCUCGGUUGACCUGGACUUUGGAGCACACCGUCCCCUCCACGUGACAAUGCUGCCUAACCCCUCGCACCUGGAAGCCGUUAACCCCGUGGCUGUCGGGAAAACCCGUGGAAGACAGCAGUCUAGACAAGAUGGGGACUACUCUCCAGACGGUUCGGCCCAGCCUGGGGACAAAGUCAUUUGCUUACAGGUUCACGGUGAUGCUUCUUUCUGUGGUCAAGGGAUUGUUCCUGAAACAUUUACGCUCUCUAAUCUCCCACAUUUCAGAAUUGGUGGGAGUGUCCAUUUGAUCGUCAAUAACCAGCUGGGUUACACCACUCCGGCAGAAAGAGGGAGGUCUUCCUUAUACUGUAGUGAUAUCGGGAAGCUUGUGGGCUGCGCCAUCGUCCACGUCAAUGGAGAUAGCCCAGAGGAAGUGGUUCGUGCCACCCGGCUGGCAUUUGAGUACCAGCGCCGGUUCCGGAAGGAUGUGAUUGUUGAUUUGUUAUGCUACAGGCAGUGGGGCCACAACGAGCUAGAUGAGCCCUUCUUUACCAACCCAGUCAUGUACAAAAUCAUCAGAGCCCGGAAGAGCAUCCCAGAUACGUAUGCAGAGCACCUCAUUGCCAAUGGACUCAUGACCCAGGAAGAGGUGUCAGAAAUCAAAGCCUCCUACUAUGCAAAGUUGAAUGACCAUUUAACCAACACGGCGCACUACAGCCCCCUGGCCACCAACCUGCAGGCCCACUGGCAGGGCCUGGUUCAGCCGGAAGCUUGCAUUACCACCUGGAACACAGGUGUGCCACUGGACCUUCUGCGGUUUAUUGGCGGGAAGUCUGUGGAGGUGCCGGAGGAGCUCCAGAUGCACAGUCACCUUCUGAAGGUGUAUGCUCAGUCCAGAAUGGAGAAGGUGAUGGAUGGAACCAAGUUAGACUGGGCCACGGCAGAAGCUCUGGCCUUGGGCUCGUUACUUGCUCAAGGUUUUAACGUCCGUCUGAGUGGCCAAGAUGUUGGCCGUGGAACUUUUAGUCAGAGGCAUGCAAUGGUUGUUUGCCAGAAGACAGAUGACACCUAUAUUCCUCUGAACCAUAUGGACCCUAAUCAGAAGGGGUUUCUAGAGGUGAGCAACAGCCCGCUGUCAGAAGAGGCUGUCCUGGGAUUUGAGUACGGGAUGAGCAUCGAAAGCCCUAAGUUACUGCCCCUCUGGGAGGCUCAGUUUGGGGAUUUCUUCAAUGGUGCCCAGAUCAUCUUUGACACGUUCAUCUCUGGAGGAGAGGCCAAGUGGCUCCUCCAGAGCGGCAUUGUUAUUCUCCUUCCACACGGGUAUGACGGGGCUGGACCUGAGCACUCCUCUUGUCGCAUAGAACGUUUCUUGCAGAUGUGUGACAGCAGAGAAGAGGGCGUAGAUGGAGACACGGUGAACAUGUUUGUGGUCCACCCGACUACUCCUGCACAGUAUUUUCACUUGCUUCGGAGACAAAUGGUCCGGAACUUCAGAAAACCCCUGAUUGUUGCUUCUCCUAAGAUGUUACUCAGGUUCCCUGCAGCUGUGUCAACUCUUCAAGAAAUGGCACCUGGAACGACAUUCAAACCAGUCAUUGGUGACUCAUUUGUGGAUCCAAAAAAUGUUAAGCGUCUAGUGUUCUGCUGUGGCAAACAUUUCUAUGCCCUGCUGAAGCAAAGAGAAUCUUUGGGGGCCAAGAAGCAUGACUUCGCCAUCAUCCGAAUAGAGGAACUCUGUCCUUUCCCGUUGGAUUCAUUACAACAAGAGAUGAGCAAAUACAACCACGUUAAAGACUUCAUUUGGAGCCAGGAGGAGCCUCAGAACAUGGGUCCAUGGUUUUUUGUUUCUCCGAGGUUUGAAAAGCAACUGGCCUGCAAGCUGCGUCUUGUGAGCCGACCCCCUUUGCCAGCACCUGCUGUAGGAAUUGGCGCUGUUCACCUGCAGCAGCAUGAAGAUGUCCUCACCAAGACCUUUGCUUGAUGAAGUCCUUUGAAGAAAUCCUACUGCCUUUUAAGAAAACUGCCACGAAAAGGAAGGCCUUCCUCUCCUCUCUCCUCCUUCUGUCAGGUAACGUGAAAAGACUAGAUUCCUCCAAGAUGUUGAGAUUGGUGAGAACAGUUCAACCUGGAAUACAUGGAGUAGUCAAAGGAAUCAUUCAUCAAUACAGGAAUCUGACAAGUACCUUUCAUCCUUAAAAGUACACUCGUGUUUAUUUUGGUUAGAUCUGAGUGAGUUGUGUAGCUAGGUCCUUAUCCAGAUGUUUUCAGACUCUCCUCUUUCUAAUUAACUUUCUAUACCCAGGAAAAGUUCUUUAGCCUGAAUUUACAGCUACAUAUAGAUUACCUCAAUGACUUGCUUGCUGCAUGUCACUUUCGUUGAUUUUAUUCAAAGCCCUGUGGACUACCAAUGUGUUCAUUUUAUGUCAUCUCUGGUGCUGCUUUCCAGCUACUGUGAAAAAUGUUUCACCAAACACUGUAGCAAAACUAUAUUGGUUUGUCUUCUUCAAGAUUGUUUUUUCACCCAUUAUCGUUAAAUAUAGGUCCUAUUAAAUAUGAAUCUCUGGGUGUAUGAUCCUUUUUUUUUUUUUGAGGAAGAUUAACCCUGAGCUAACAUCUGCUGCCAAUCCUCCUGUUUUUGCUGAGGAAGACUGGCCCUGAGCUAACAUCCAUGCCCAUCUUCCUCUACUUUA